AGCUUCUUCUCCUGCACGUCGGCGUACUGGCUGUACAACAGCGAGUGCGGUCUCGACGGCAGCGGCUGCAGCCCCUUCGCGGCAGACGUGCCCGUGGCGUUCCGCUGUCCGGCGCACUGUGCCAAGACGACGCUCGGCCAGGCACGCGCCGUCGGCGACGAACUGCCGGCUUUCGUGCCGCUCGUCGUCGGUGGCCAAGUCGACGCCUCGGGCUCGCGCGUCUACCGCGGCGACAGCUUCGUCUGCUCGGCGGCACAGCACGCCGGCGUCAUCGAUGCCAAUCGCGGAGGCUGCGGUGCCCUGUGGCUCAGCGGCACGAGUAGCACGUACGAGAGUGUGGAGCGCAACGGGAUCCGCAGCAUCGCCUUCAACUCGACGUUUCCCGUCUCCUUUACCUUCGACGAGACGGCGCGCGGCACGGGAUGCGACGACUCGCGCGCCGGCGGCUAUGCGCUCAACGUGCUGCUGCUGGCCCUCGUCGGCUUUGUGCUGCGUCCCAAGCGCAUCGUCUAUUUCUUCACGCUCGUCUGCGUCGGCUUCUGGCAUCUCAACUUCGUCGCCGAGCCGCGCCGCUUCCCGCCCACGGUCGGCGGGCCAGCAGGCGACUUUCUGCCGACGCUCUUUGGCGCCUAUGUCAUCUGGCGCGUCGCGGUGCGCUACGUGUGGCCGGCCUUUGCGCUCCUGCCCCUCGAGCGCGAAGUCUGGACGCAGGGCUUCUUCUGGCUCGGCACGCUGCUCGACGUCGUCUUUGUCGAUGUGCCGCUGCAGCGCCUCGUCCUCUCCGACAUUACGGGGCAGCCGGGCGCGCUCACGAGCCUGAUCGUCAUCGUCGUCGUUGUGCUGGUGCUGGCGAUUAAUCAGGUCCGCGUCAUCCGCAAGGUCGGCGCGCUGCCCAAGUACCUUGCGCUCGCGGCUGUCGGCGGCCUGCUCAUCGGCCUGCUCUCCGCCGUGCCGACAACAGGCCUGCGGCUGCACCACUACAUCAUCGCGCUGGUGCUCGUCUGCUUCUGCGCCUUCCCCACCCGUCUCUCGCUCGCGUACUGCGCCUUCCUGCUGGGCAUGUACAUUGCCGGCGUGGGACGCUGGGGCUUCGACGGCGUGAUCCAGAACACGGCCGAGAUCGUCGGGCAGGGCGUGUACGGCACAGGCCUGCCGAGCUUCCUGGCGCCGGAGAACUUUACGGCCGCGGCGCUGCAGGUGCACUGGAACGACUUGCCGCAGCAGGAGGCGGGCGAAGUGGCGUGGGACGGCUUCCAGCUGCUCGUCGACGACGUGCUGCGCUACAUCGGCCCCGCGACGUCCUACAACCUCACCUCGCUGCUCGACCCGCGUGAGUACUACCUGCGCCUCGCGUACUCCGCCUCCGGCCUCUCUGGCGACUUUACACGCGCCGCAGUGGCAUUCUUCAACGGCACGCUCAUCCCCGCACCG